AUGAAAUUUGGAAACCCUAACACGAGCAAAACCACCAACACCGAGAGAACAGAGAUUUUGGGGACUCCGCCGCCGACAAUCGCAGGAGAUAAACGGAGAGAGGGAAGAGAUCAGCCGCUGAAACUGAUAAGGAGCCCCCGGAAACAGCCGCCGAAGCCGAAAACGGCGUUGUGUCAACAAACGCUUCCUUCCCUCAGACGAGCCCUCUCCCUCUACGAUCAGAUCAACCUCAUCGACAACGGCCCCGACGACCAGCUUCGCUUUCAUCGGGAGCGAAUAGCCAGAACGGGAGAAGGAUAUAGAACGUACAAAAUUACGUUUGUGUCCCUCUUCCAACGCAAAAAUUUCACGGGAAUGUGGGGGAACUCGCGGAGCUUCCCUCUGAAGCUCCUGAUUUCACAGAAAUCCUACUAUCCUUUUACCAUUUCCUCGGUGGAAAACGGCGUUGUUUGUUCCACUUUCCUCUCUCGCUUCUCAUCAUCAUCGUCCUCGCCUUCCAUUCAAGAAUCUCUCAAGCUAGGGCCUCAGACAUCCAAUGGAGUUCGAUUAGUUUCAGCGGUGUCCGUCGACUUUCCGGCCAUGGCGGCUUCAAAAGUUAGGGAAGCUGCGGACUUGGCUCGCCACUAUGGCCGCUGCUACUGGGAGCUCUCCAAAGCUCGCCUCAGCUUGCUAGUUGUUGCAACUUCUGGAACUGGGUUUGUUCUUGGGAGCGGCAGUGCUGUUGAUUUAUCUGGACUUUGUUGGACAUGUGUUGGUACCAUGAUGGUUGCAGCUUCUGCUAAUUCUUUAAAUCAGGUGUUUGAGAAGGAUAAUGAUGCUAGAAUGAAGAGAACUAAACAGAGGCCACUACCUUCAGGGCGCAUAACAAGAUCUCAUGCAGCUACUUGGGCAUCUUCCAUGGGUUUAGCUGGCACUGCAUUAUUGGCAAGCAAGGCUAAUGCAUUGGCGGCUGGUCUUGGCGCUUCUAAUUUGAUUCUGUACGCAUUCAUAUAUACCCCCUUAAAACAAAUUCACCCUGUGAAUACGUGGGUUGGGGCUGUUGUUGGUGCUAUUCCACCACUUCUAGGAUGGGCUGCAGCAUCAGGCCAGGUUUCGCUUCAUGCAAUCAUUCUCCCAGCUGCUCUCUACUUUUGGCAAAUACCCCAUUUUAUGGCCCUUGCAUACUUGUGCCGCAACGAUUAUGCUGCAGGAGGGUUUAAGAUGUUCUCUCUUGCUGAUGCUUCUGGCCAAAGAACUGCCUCUGUUGCUUUGAGGAACUGCUUCUAUCUGAUCCCUUUGGGGUUCUUAGCCUAUGAUUGGGGCAUGACUUCUAAGUGGUUUUGUUUUGAAUCCACACUCCUCACCCUGGCCAUAAGCGCUACAGCAUUUUCGUUUUAUCGAGACCGUACUACGCAUAAAGCAAGGAGGAUGUUUUAUGCCAGUCUUUUGUAUCUUCCUGUUUUUAUGUCGGGAAUUCUGUUCCACCGUGUUUCCGACGAUCAACAUUGCACUGAAGAUGAAAAGUUAGAUAAUAUGGUGCAACUUGCAACCUCUCCACAAGAGAGUGAGGAUGUCAACCGAAAGAAGAACAAGGGCACACAAGUGCGGCCACCCGUUGCAUAUGCCUCUGUUGCACCAUUUCCUUUUCUUCCUGCUCCUUCAUAUGCUGCUUCUUGACAAGUUAGUAUCGUAUGAGUUUUGUAUCACUGGACGUAAUAAAAGGUCAAAAAGUUGCCCUGUAAAGAAAUAUUUAUUUCUUUCAAGUUUUCUUUGUAGACCAGUAAAUUUUGCAUUCUGAUCAAUUUAUUUAUGUUUGGCUUCUGAGGAUUGUAAGCCCGCAAGCUGCAAUUGAGAAAUGUAUUUUUUACUUUAAGAACAACAUUUGAACAUUCAUUUUUUGCCAAUGAAAUUGUUGGAGUAUCCUUGAACAUAAUAAAUUCUA